CUGGAACGAGUUGAAACGAUAGAGUAUUGGAUUGCCAGAGAGGAUGUGGAGAAGAGGCGAAGGGCAGAGUAACUUCGUCUUCCGGGUCACCCACGGGAGGAUAAUGGCGUCGGCGGAGCCUCUUGUGCUGCUUGGAGGGUGGAAGCGGCUCCUGGGAGAUAAAGGGGAUGCCAAGAAGAGCACUUUGGACAACAGAGAAUGAGAAGCAGUAUUACAAUGUAAAACAAGCCAUCAAUCAAAAUCUUUCCCACUUCCUCUGCAAAUGGUAAAAACUCACCUCUUUCCUCAGCAGAUGAGAGACAAGGGAGAGAAUAAAAUCAAGAAUUUUUUUACUUGGAAAUAAAUACAGGAUCUGGAACUCAAGAAAAUAUUACAUGAAAAGUCAAGGAGGAUAAUUUCCAAAUAAGGAAAAAGAGGGAAAUACCUGGAAAUCUGUGGGAAGAAAAAUGUCACUUGGAUAGCCAAAAUGGGCAGGCAUUAAUUAAAGCCUUUGGUAAAGGAAAUAAUGGCUAGGAGCCUUGGUAGUACAGUGGACUAAAGCACACUGUUAUUAACAUCUGCUGCUUGCAGUUACUGCAAGUUCAAAUCUCACCAGGCUCAGGGUUGACUCAGCCUUCCAUCCUUUCAAAGGUAGGUAAAAUGAGGACCCAGAUUGUGGGGGCAAUAAGCUGAGUUUGUAUAAAACAUACAAAAGUAUGAAGGCUAUUGCUUAAUGCAUUGUAAGCCGCCCUGAGUCUCUGGAGAAGGGCGGCAUAUAAAUUAAAGCCAAAAAAAAAAAAAAAAAAGAAUCAAAGAACCUCCAAGUAAGGGAUCACAAAUAUUUUUUGCCUCUUCAAGAAUCCAAAAAUAUCAGUUUUGGAAAAAACCCUGAUUAUGCAUGAGAAGAUCCAUCCAGUGAAAAAUGAUAUAAACGUUUAGAGUGUGGCAAAAGCCUUUACUCAGAAAAGCUUCCUCAAGAUUCAUUGAAUGACCCAUAUCGGAGAGAAAAUCUAUUAGUGCUGCCAAUACAACAAAAUAUUAAACAUGAACACCAAUGUGGUGAGACAGAAGAGGACUCAGACUGGGGAGACAAACUUUGAAUGCCCUGAUUGUGGGGAAAGAUUCACACAGAAUUAUGAUCUGAUGAUACACCAGAGGACUCACAUGCAAGAGAAACCAUAUAAGUGUUCCGACUGUGGAAAACGUUUCAUUUGGAUUUGUCACAUGAAGAUACACCAGAUGACUCACAAAGGAGAAAAUCUAUAUCAGUGCCAAGAUUGUGGGAAAGGUUUUACUUGCAAUUCUCUCCUGGUAGAACAUCAGAGGACUCACACAAGAGAGAGACCAUAUAAGUGUCCUGAUUGUGGGAAAGAUUUCUCUCGGAAAUUUAAUCUGGUGAAGCAUCAGAGGACUCACACAGGAGAGAGACCAUAUGAGUGUCCUGAUUGUGGGAAAGAUUUCCCUCAGAAAUUUAACCUGGUGAAACAUCAGAGGACUCACACAGGAGAGAGACCAUAUGAGUGUCCUGAUUGUGGGAAAGAUUUCCCUCAGAAAUUUAACCUGGUGAAUCAUCAGAGGACUCACACAAAAGAGAAACCAUAUAAAUGUCCUGAUUGUGGGAAAAGUUUCAGUCACAAUUCCUACCUGGUGAAACACCAAAUGACUCACACAGGAGAGAAACCAUAUAAAUGUCAUGAUUGUGGCAAAAGUUUCAGUCAGAAUUCCUAUCUGGUGAAACACAUGAAAACUCACAUGGCAGAGAAACAGUAUGAGUGUCCAGAGUGUGGGAAAUGUUUCAGUCAGAAUUCCUACCUAGUGAUACACCAGAAGACACACACAGGAGAGAAACUGUACGAAUGUCCAGAAUGUCAGGAAAGUUUCACUAUUAAAUCUGAAUUGGUGAAGCACCAGAAGACUCAUAGAGGAGAGAGACUGUAUGAGUGUCCUGAUUGUGGGAAAUGCUUCCCUCGGAAUUCCAAGCUGUUAAGACACCAGAGAACUCACACGGGAGAGAAACCAUAUGAGUGUCUGUAUUGUGGGAAAACUUUCAGUCAGAAUUGCAACCGAGUUAUACACCAGAAAACUCACACAGGAGAAAAACCAUAUCAGUGUCCAGAUUGUGGGAAAAGUUUCAAUCAGAAUUCCUACUUGGUGAAACACCAGAGGAUUCACACAGGAGAAAAACCGUAUAAGUGUCUUGAAUGUGGGAAAAGUUUCAGUCGGAAUUCCCAUUUGAUGAUACACUUGAGGAGUCACACAGGAGAGAAACCGUAUGAAUGUCCGGAUUGUGGGAAAGAUUUCCGUUAUAUGUCUACCCUUAUAAAUCAUGUAAGGUUACACAUAGGGGAGUAACCAUUCAAAUGCCCAGAUUGUGGGCAGUGUUCCUCCCACACAAAGUUCCUCCCUUAUCACACAAGAAAUUCCAAGUGAGGCAAAAUUUGAUUUUCAUUUCUUGUCUCUCAUUGGAAGCCCCAUUGAACAAUAAUUACUUAUGUGUUUCUUUUUAGUGAAAUUUGUCUUCGUAUCAAAAAUGAGUGAGGACUAGACUAGACUAAGAAUAGAAUAGAAUAGAAUAGAAUAGAAUAGAAUAGAAUAGAAUAGAAUAGAAUAGAAUAGAAUAGAAUAGAAUAGAAUAGAAUAGAAUAGAAUAGAAUAGAAUAGAAUAGAAUAGAAUAAUAAAGUUGGAAGGGACUUUGUCAUCUAUAUGCCUGUGAUGGCUAACCUAUGGCACGUGUGCCACAGCUGGCACGCAGAGCCCUCUGCGGGCAUGCAAGCCAUCACGCAGCUCAGUUCAACCAUGCAUACGUGCACGCCUCCCACCGGCCAGCUGAUUUUUGAGAUGUGCAGGGGGCGGGGCGCAUGGGGGAGACACGCACACAAUUGUUGAGGUGACGUGCCCGUGGGGGGGGGUGUUGCACAUCCCCCCACGCCCCGUUUUUGUUCCCAGGAGGCUGCAGGUAGGUCUACUAGGCCCAAAACAGGGCGCAGGGGAGAGCGGUGUGCCCCCCCCACGGCCCAUUUUUGGUCUUGGGAGGCUGCAGGGAGGCCCACUAGGCCCAAAAUGGGGGGCGGGUGGUGGAGAAGUGUGGGGGCUCAUGUGUGCAUGGGCGGAGGGGCACGGGAGGGUCGUGCCCGCAUGUGCAGGGGGAGUGUGGGGCAUGUGUGCAUUGCCUUAUGGGUGCUGGCACACGUGCGUGCUGUCGACAAAAAGAUUAGCCAUCACUGCCCUAUACCAUUUCUGACACGUGGCAGUCGCGUCUCUUCUUGAAAACAUCCGGUGAUGUAGCAACCAUAACUACUGAAGGCAAGCUCUUCCAUUGGAAAAUAGGUUGUUCCUCUCCUGUCUGUGACAGCCCCUCACAUAUUGGAAGACUUCUAUCAUGUCACCACUGGUCCUUCUCUUCACUAGACUAAACAUUCCCAGUUCUUGCAACUAUUCUUCAUAUGUUUUAGCUGAGCUUCAUUUCUCUGGUCCAGUGUGGUUGAGGGGUACUCCUUUGCUGGGCGAGCAAAAGCGAAUAUGGAUCUCUAGAAAUUAUGUUUGCUAGAUUAGCAAAAAUAUUUCCCAGUGCUUCAGCGAUAUGUUGGAAGUGUGGAAAGGAGGUUGGCACCUUCUUUCAUAUGUGGUGGUCUUGCCCCGAGACAAAAAAGUUUUGGACAAAAAUACGAAAUUGGCUCUAGAAAUUAUGUUUGCUGCCUUGAGUUAUUUCUAUAUAUAAUAAAGGGGGAUAUAAACUAUAUCAUAUAUAUAUAUAUAUAAAAUAAAUGUAUGUAUUUUUACUUACUAAGAAAAUGUAUAUAGCAGCCUAACUCGUAUGAUUCCACACGAUUUACAGCAAUAAAACCUUAAUAGAGAAACCAGUAAAUCCUCAUAUAUAGCAAAUGGCAAAAUGCAAAGCCUCCACAUUUAAAAUAUACUUGCCCUGCAAAUACAGGGCACUUCUAGCAAGGUUGAUGGCAAUUUGAUUAUCUGAAGAUUCCAAAAAGGUGACUCUUGCUUUUGUUCAAUUUAUAAAUUUACUUACCUUACUAA